UACCCUCUCCCACACGCCCAUUGUCCUUUUUGGCCCUGUUUUGUGCAAUUGACACUUGCAUUUUUUCCCUACAUUGUUAGAGGUUUCCUUUCAAUAUGAAGAUUUUUCCGAGCUUGGAAGAGGUGAAGAAGCUCGCUGAUGAGCACGAGCCUACUCGUAUUCCUGUUUACGCAGAGAUGUCUGCCGACUUGAUUACGCCAACAAUGGCGUACUUGAAGUUGGCAGAGGGAAAACGCUUUGCUUAUAUUUUGGAAAGUGUCACUCAAGGUGAGAGCAUUUCUCGUUACAGUUUUGUUGGUCACAGUCCUUACCGUAUUGUGGUUGCUGACGGUGUUACGGACCCCUUGAAACGCUUGGAACGCGAGUUGAAAGAAGUGAAGACUAUUAGCAUUGACGGACUUCCUGCUUUCUGCGGUGGUGCUGUUGGUUACGUUUCCUACGACUGCAUCAAGUAUUUUGAACCUACCACCGUUGCCAACGUUGACUUGAAGGAUGAUUUGGGAUUGCCGGAGGCCAUGUUCUUCAUGACGGACGAUUUGGUCGCUUUUGACCACGCAUACCAAAAGAUUAAGAUCAUUUCUCAUGUGUGUUUGGGAAUGGGUCGUCCUGUUGAGGAAGCCUACGAGGCUGCCAGUUUCAAGAUUAAAAUGGCCUUGGACAAGUUGGCUGAUCCGAAGAUUCCUGAACCUGUUCAAAAAGAGGUGCACCUUGGCUACAAGGGCGAGUCAAAUGUCGGUGAGGAGGGUUACAAGGGAUUCGUUUCUACGUUAAAGAAACACAUCCGUCAAGGUGACAUUUUCCAGGCCGUGCCCAGUCAACGUAUUUCCCGCAAAACUGACUUGCAUCCCUUUAACCUUUACCGUCAUCUCCGCAGCGUGAACCCCUCUCCUUACAUGUUUUUCAUUCACUGUGAUGAUUUUGAUAUCAUCGGUGCUUCUCCUGAGCUGCUUGUUAAGUCUGAGGAUGGUAAAAUGAUUAACCACCCCAUCGCCGGUACCGUUCCUCGUGGUAAAACAAAGGAGGAGGAUGAGAAGCUUGCCAACGAAUUGUUGGCAAGUGUAAAGGACCGUGCUGAACACAUUAUGCUUGUUGAUCUUGCUCGUAACGACAUUAGUCGGGUAUGCGACCUUGACACAACGAACGUGGACAAGUUGAUGACCAUUGAGAAGUUCUCUCAUGUGCAACAUUUGGUGUCCCAAGUGUCAGGUAAGCUUCGUCCCGACAAAACACGCUUCGAUGCUUUCCGUAGCAUCUUCCCCGCUGGAACUGUCAGUGGAUCCCCCAAGGUUCGUGCCAUGCAACUGAUUUACGGUUUGGAAGGUAUGAAGCGUCACAUCUAUGCAGGUGCUGUCGGCUGUUGGGGAUACAAGGAAGAUGUCAUGGAUACCUGCAUUGCUAUUCGUACUAUGGUCUACAAGAAUGGCACACUGUACUUGCAAGCUGGUGGUGGUAUUGUAUACGACUCGGACGAGCAAGCUGAGUAUAUUGAAACUAUCAACAAGCUUAAGUCCAACGUUACGGCAAUUGAAGAGGCCGAACAAUACUACGCAGAUCGCCAGAAUUGAGUAAGUUUUACAUAUUCCCUCUCAUUCCAUUACGAAUGACUGGCACAUAGGAUGGUCAUUGUUUAGGAAUAGAGGUUUUACUGUAGAUAACUUGAAAUUCUCGAUUUUUAAGGGGAACGCUUUCAUUUAAAGAAUACGAUGAGAAUUAUUUUUUGGCUUCUUCCUGGUUUUUUUUUUCUCUAAGUAAAAAAAGAAAAGAUUUAUUCCUUUUGAGCGUUUUGAAAAGGGGGGCGUAUAC